AUGGCGUUGCCGGCGGGCGCGGGGCUGGUGGCCUACAACGCGGCCAUCUCCCGCUGCGCCCGCGCGGGCCUGUACCCGCGCGCGCUGGCCCUGUUCCGCGAGAUGCGCGGCCGGGGCCUGCGCGCCGACGAGUACACCCUCCCGCCGCUCCUCAACUCCUCCGCGCUCCUGCGGGCCCCGCCCGCGGCGGCCACGCUGCACGCCCUGCUCCUCCGCGCGGGCCUGGCGUCCCACCUCCACGUCGCCAACGCGCUCGUCGACGCCUACGCCAAGCUGUCCCGCCCGGGCGCCGCGCGCGCCGUGUUCGACGAAAUGCCGCGCCGGGACGUGGUCACCUGGACCUCGCUCCUCACGGGGCUCGCCCGCGCCGGCGCCCACGACGCGGCCGUACGCGUGUACCGAGGCAUGGCCGCCGCGGGGGUCGACCCCGACGAGUUCGCCGUCGCGGGCGUGCUCAGCUCCUGCGCCGGCUCCACCAUGCUCGAGCUGGGGCGGUCGGUGCACGCCGCCGCGGUGCGGCUCGGGUUCCUGCCGUUCCUCUCGGUCGGGAACUCGCUCGUCUCCAUGUACGCCAAGACCGGCGCGCUGCGCGAUGCCCGGACAGUGUUCGACGCGAUGCGGGCGCGGUGCACCAUCACGUGGACGGCGCUGAUCGUCGGGUACGCGCAGAACGGCCGGGGAAGGCAGUCGCUCGAGAUCUACACCGACAUGGUCCGGUCCGGGUGCAGGCCGGACUACGUGACCUUCAUCGGUCUGCUCUUCGCGUGCAGCCACGCCGGCCUCGUCGACGCCGGCCGGGCUCACUUCCGGUCUAUGGUCACUGACUACGGCAUCGCUCCCGGGCCGGAUCACUACGCGUGCAUGGUCGACUUGUUAGGCCGGGCGGGGCGGCUGGAGGAGGCCAUGGACCUGCUGAACCGGAGCUCGACGGAGCUGGACGCCACGGUGUGGAAGGCGCUGCUGGGCGGGUGCCGGGUGCACCGGAACGCGGAACUCGCCGAGCGCGCGGCCGAGAUGGUGUGGAGGCUUGAUCCGGCGGACGCCGUGCCGUACGUCAUGCUCUCGAACCUCUACUCCCGGGAGAGGAGAUGGGGCGACGUCGCGAGGAUCCGCGCGCUGAUGAAGUCGAGAGGGGUCACCAAGGAGCCCGGGUGCAGCUGGGUCGGGGUGAACGGCGUGAUGCACCUGUUCCACGUCGAGGACCGCGGCCACCCGCGCGCCGCCGAGAUCUACCGGAAGGUGGAGGAGAUGAUGGAGAGGAUCAGGGCCGGAGGGUACGUGCCGGACACGGACUGGGCGCUGCAGGACGAGGCGCCGGACGGGAGGGAGAGGGGCCUGGCGUACCACAGCGAGAGGCUCGCCGUCGCGUUCGGGCUGCUCGCCGUGCCGGCGGCCGCGCCCAUCCGGGUGUUCAAGAACCUCCGGGUGUGCGGUGAUUGCCAUGCCGCGAUCAAGAUGGUCGCCAAGGUGUACGGCAGGGAGAUCAUUCUGAGAGAUGCGAAUUGCUUCCACCACAUGAAGGAUGGAGCUUGUUCUUGUGGCGAUUACUGGUAG